CUCUGGUGGGUGUGUGCCAAGAUGAAAACGAUUCGACAAGAAUUCCGGAAGAGUCAGUUUAAUUUUAAACACGAUAAGCCCCACGAUUUCGCAAUUUGGUCUUGGCAAGUGAAUCGGCAGAAAAUUAACGGCUAUUUCAUCUUGUAUCGAUUCGUGGCGGCCGCCUUCUUUCUCUCCGUCCUCGUCGCAAACGGAUCGAUUAGUACCACCCCCAAAUUUUUUUUUAUUUAUCUAACCAAUCUAGGAUUCAUCAUUCAGACUCUUCACUUAGUUGUAAGCCUGGCCAUUCCAAUCGAACUUCUCUUGCAGAAGGCGAAUGACGAAACUGUUGAUGGCUUCAAAUGGACUCUUUUGGCUCGUUUUUCUUGGUUUUUAUACAAUGUCACAAACUUGCUCUCCAUCGCCAUCUCGGUCAUCUACUGGUUGGCUUUGUUCACACCAGGUUCCGGAUUGUCAGCGAUGAAUUUCCUAGUUCACGGAUUCAACAGUAUCAUGUCAAUUUGUGACAUCUUAGUGAGCGGCAGACCCUGCCGUUUGAUGCACUUCUAUCAUCCAUUGGUCGUCAUUUUAGCGUACAUUGCCUUCAGCUCGAUUUACUGGGCUGCUGGCGGGUUAAACUAUGAUGGUUCUUCCUAUAUCUAUCCCGUUCUCAACUGGGACAACCUUAGCCUAACAGUUCCCUUCGUGACGAUCGGUUUAUUCAUCGCACUGCCCGUCGUCCACACUCUCCUGUGGGCACUGCACAAACUUAGGGACUACGUGCUACGCAGCAGGAUCAAAAGAAAAACUAUGGGUCAAUCGGUAUCUGACGGCCAAGACAACCCAGUAUUCGAAUUAUAGCUUUUUAAAAAUAAAUUUUGGUUUGGGACCAAA